AUGAAACAAAUAAAACGAAAAAAUAGUAUUGCUAAUGGUAAUAAGAAAAAGCAGGCGACAGGUGAUACUAAAAGUUUAUCAAAAAAUUCAACCGCACGUUUUGAAGAUCUUUCUAAUAAAAUUAUUUAUAAAAUUUUUUUAAUUUCUCUAUUUUUUUCAUAUAUAUAUGAAAUUUUCUCUAAUCUUAAUAUUCGAUUUCAAAAUCUUCUUACUUAUCCAAAUUUUCCACUAAAAAUUAAACUUUUAUCUACGUCAAAAUCAACUUUUCAACGUUAUCAUACACAAAUUAUCAUACCUAAUCAACAUCGAAUUAAAUCACUUUAUCUAUCAAAUCCAUUUAUUAUUGAUGGUGACUCCAAUCAACCUGAACAAUUACCUAUUGCAACGAAAGGAUCUAGUCCUAUUGAACAUUUUAUUUUAAAUAGUACACAUGUUCUAAAUGAUCUCAAUAAUCUUUUGUCAUAUGUUCCUCAUCUUAAUCGUUUGUCGAUUCAUUCGUCAUAUUAUUUUUCUAUUACACAAAUACAAUUAUAUUCAGCUUCGUUGAUACAUUUGACACAUGUGUCUCUAAAUCGUUUAGAUAUUCCUUUCAAUCAAUUGAAAUUCAUGAUUCAAUCACUUUUUAAUCAAGUUCAAGUAUUACAUAUUUCGAAUUAUUAUCGUUUAGCUUAUUUAGAUGCUCUCCGAUGA